ACAGGUGCAGAUCAUAAUGGUUGAGUUGCAAAUCAUCAGUGAUGUUGCUUCUUCCUCUAACUCUUCUUCUAUGGUGUCUUCAAAAAAAUAUGAAGUUUUUCUAAGCUUUCGUGGUGAGGACACCCGCAUGAACUUCACAAGCCAUCUUCAUGAAGCUUUGAAGAAAAAGGAAGUUGAAACCUUUAUAGACUAUGAGCUUAGAAAGGGAGAUGAAAUCUCACCAGCACUCAUCCAAGCCAUAGGAAAUUCUCUUGUAUCUAUUGUCAUCCUCUCACCAAACUAUGCUUCCUCAAAAUGGUGCUUGGAAGAACUCAGCAAGAUUUUAGAAUGUAGGAAAAAGCAAGGACAAAUGGUGAUACCUGUAUUUUACAAUAUAGAUCCAUCCCAUGUGAGGAAGCAAACUGGAAGCUAUGAGCAAGCCUUUGCAAAACAUAAGGAAGAAUCCAAUUACAACAAAUGGAAAGCUUCUCUCAAUGAAAUAGCCAAUUUAGCUGGGUGGGACUCUCAAAAUAGGACUGAAUCAGAACUCCUUAAGGAAAUUGUUGGAGACGUUUUGCAAAAAUUGACUCCUACUUACCGAAACCAACUUAAAGGUCUGGUAGGAAUUGAGGACAAUUAUGAAGAAAUUGAAUCAUUACUGAAAAUUGAGUCAACUGAAGUUAUAACCAUUGGAAUAUGGGGUAUGGGUGGCAUAGGAAAGACCACCCUAGCUACUACUUUGUAUGCAAGAUUAUCUCCUUGUUUUGAAGGUUUUUGUUUCCUGAAAAAUGUAAGGGAAAAUUCAAGCAGCCAUAAUGGACUUGAAGCUUUACAUAACAAACUUUUCGCCAAGUUGUUGGAGAUCGAAAAUCAUUGUUUUGAUAUGAAUUUUGUGAGGCGUAAGCUUAAACAUAAAAAGGUUUUCAUUGUGUUGGAUGAUGUGGACACCUUACAACAAUUAGAAUAUCUAGUUGAAGAUUAUGAUUUGUUGGGGCCAGGAAGCAGAGUCAUUGUUACAACUAGAAAUAAACAAAUUUUUAGUCUAGUUGAUGAAGUAUAUGAGGUCAAGGAAUUGAGCUAUGAUCAAUCUCUUCAACUUUUUUGUUUGACUGUUUUUGGAGAAAAACAACCUAAACAUGGAUAUGAAGAUCUUUCAAGAAGUGUAGUUUCCUAUUGCAAAGGCGUUCCUUUGGCUUUAAAAGUUAUAGGUGCAAGUCUUCGUCGAAGAAGUGAAGAGGUUUGGGAAAGUGAAUUGAGAAAGCUCCAAAAGAUCCCAAAUAUGCAAAUUCAUGACAUUUUAAAAUUGAGUUAUGAUGGCUUAGAUCGUUCUCAAAAAAACAUCUUUUUAGACAUUGCCUGCUUACUGAAAGGAGAAAACAAGAAUUUUGUAACAAGUCUACUAGAAGCUUGUGGUUUCUUUGCAGUUUCUGGAAUCGAAGUCCUUUUGGACAAAGCUCUUAUAACAAUUUCAAAUUACAAUUUGAUAGAAAUGCAUGACUUGAUACAACAAAUGGGUCAAGAAAUUGUUCAUCAAGAAUCCAUCAAAGAUCCUGGAAGACGAAGUCGAUUAUGGAAACAUGAUGAAGUGUAUGAAGUAUUGAAAUAUAACAAGGAAACCACCAACACAACCAAAUUCAUCACACCCAAGCAACCCAACCUAGUCAUUGUUACAACUAGAAAUAAACAAAUUUUUAGUCUAGUUGAUGAAGUAUAUGAGGUCAAGGAAUUGAGCUAUGAUCAAUCUCUUCAACUUUUUUGUUUGACUGUUUUUGGAGAAAAACAACCUAAACAUGGAUAUGAAGAUCUUUCAAGAAGUGUAGUUUCCUAUUGCAAAGGCGUUCCUUUGGCUUUAAAAGUUAUAGGUGCAAGUCUUCGUCGAAGAAGUGAAGAGGUUUGGGAAAGUGAAUUGAGAAAGCUCCAAAAGAUCCCAAAUAUGCAAAUUCAUAACAUUUUAAAAUUGAGUUAUGAUGGCUUAGAUCGUUCUCAAAAAAACAUCUUUUUAGACAUUGCCUGCUUACUGAAAGGAGAAAACAAGAAUUUUGUAACAAGUCUACUAGAAGCUUGUGGUUUCUUUGCAGUUUCUGGAAUCGAAGUCCUUUUGGACAAAGCUCUUAUAACAAUUUCAAAUUACAAUUUGAUAGAAAUGCAUGACUUGAUACAACAAAUGGGUCAAGAAAUUGUUCAUCAAGAAUCCAUCAAAGAUCCUGGAAGACGAAGUCGAUUAUGGAAACAUGAUGAAGUGUAUGAAGUAUUGAAAUAUAACAAGGGAACUGAUGAUGUUGAAGGGAUAAUUUUUAAUUUGGAUACAUUAACUGAGGAUUUGUGUUUGAGCUCUGAUUUCCUUGCAAAGAUGCCCAGAUUUUGUCUCGAGUCUUUGCCGUCUAACUUUUGUGCUGAACAACUUGUAGAGCUUGACUUGUCUUUGAGCAAGGUUAAAAGGCUUUGGGAUGGGGUUCAGGAUCUUUCGAAUUUAAAGACAAUUCUCUUAUAUGACUUUCCAGGGCUGGUUGAGAUUCCGGACUUAUCUAUGGCAAGAAAACUUGAACGUAUUUCUCUUAUUGAUUGUAUAAGUUUGCGUGAGCUCCAUCCGUCCAUCACGUCUCUCCCUAAGCUAACAGAGUUGGAGUUAAUUCGAUGGAGAUUCGAUUGUGUGGCCCAGUUUAUCUUACCUGUUGAGAGAUACAUAGAGAUCUUAAAAGGAUAUGUCAAGAAUAAGUACCGGCCAGAAGCUUCUAUUAUGGAGAGGUACAUUGCAAAAGAAGCCAUUGAGUUUUAUUCAGGGUACAUGUCAAAAUCAGAACCAGUAGGAAUUCCUAAGACUCGACAUGAUGGAAAACAUUUUGGUAAGGGGCUGGUUGAGAUUCCGGACUUAUCUAUGGCAAGAAAACUUGAACGUAUUUCUCUUAUUGAUUGUAUAAGUUUGCGUGAGCUCCAUCCGUCCAUCACGUCUCUCCCUAAGCUAACAGAGUUGGAGUUAAUUCGAUGUUCAAAAAUUGAUAUCCUUAAAGUUCAUUCAAAAUCUCUUUGUAAACUUAGCAUCUUUGAUUGUUCAUCUCAUCUCAAGGAAUUCUCAAUUACAUCGAAGGAAAUGACUACUUUGAGCGUAUUGAAAACCACUCUAAGUGCAUUGCCGUCAUCAAUUUGGCAUAAUAGGAAACUUAGUGAACUUAUUCUAACAGUCUCAAACAAUUUUGAAAAGUUAUCAGAUGAAGCAGGAAUGGGGUCGAUUACAACACUGAACCAUUCUGAGUGUGUGAAGCACAAUGCAUGCCAUACCCACCACAACUUUGGCAACUUAUCGUCUUUAGAAGAUUUAUGGUUAAGUGGAAUUAAUGAUGUGAGCUUGAUUGAAAACAUCCAAAACCUUUCACUGCUGAAAGUACUUUACCUGAUAAAUUGUCAAAACCUUGUGUCUCUGCCACAACUUCCACCAUCAUUGGCUGUGCUACGUUUAAAGGAUUUAAGGGAACUCGUGUCUCUGCCACAACUUCCACCAUCACUGCAAAUGCUUAAGUUAGUUGAUUGUAGGGAACUCGUGUCUCUGCCACAACUUCCACCAUCACUGCAAAUGCUUAAGUUAGUUGAUUGUAGGAAACUCGUGUCUCUACCACAGCUUCCACCAUCUGUGACAUAUGUGAAAGCCAUUAACUGCACUCUUCUAGGGACAGAUUUCACUCAACGGAUAGCAUUACAACACAUGUUGAGUCACUCACUGAGCCUUAACUUCGGUACGUUUUUCAUGUUCCCAGGAGACCAUGUGAUUGACAAGUAUGAGUUUCAAAAGGCAGGGAAUUCAAUAACUAUUCCUUACCUCUCACCGUCUAACUUGUGUGGUUUCAUUUCUUUCGUCAUUCUUUACAAGGGGUCACACGAUGGUUGGGCUUCGUUUUCUGUCUAUCAAGAUGACAAAACGGUCUGCGUCCACGAUGACCCAGUAUACGAAAGUUUAAGUUCAGAUCACAUUUUAUUUUAUUAUUUUAAACUGGACGAUCUUUCCAACAACGUACAAUUGAAAUUUGAAUUUCAUUUCUAUGGCAUGUAUAUUAGUAAAGAUUUCACUCAAGAGAGAAUAAAAGAGUGUGGAGUCUUCCCAGUGUAUGCCCCAAGCAUGGAAAUUGGAGUUGGAGCAUCUAAUGCUGAAAAUGAAAUGGAAUCCUCUUCUCAAAUCAAUAAUAAUGAGUCACAGCCUAGUGAAAAUGGAGAUGCAGUUGGAAUUCAAGUUGAAGGCUCUAAUAAUAAAAAUGGAUUGGAGUCCAUCACUCAAAUAUGUGAGAAUGAGUUACAACAUGAAUUGACUAGAGUUGAAGGCUCUAAUAUUGAUAAUGAAUUGGAGUGGGAACAACUUCGUCAUGGGAUUACUGCAUUCUGUUCUUCAUUGUUUUCUAUUGAAAUGUUUAUGGAGAAUAUUGUUGAGUAUGAGCUCUAGCAUGGUGGAAUAGUGAAAGCAAUAUUCAGAACUCUUUGGUGGUCUAUUUCACGUCAUUUACAAAUAAAAAGAGAUUAUUUAUUCUACCGCAGAUGAGUGAUAUCAAACUAUGAUGGUAAUGAGUUUAUGAUUCAAAAUAAGAAAACCUUUCUUUGCUUCUUGUCAAAUAAGAUGAGUGAUAUCAAAUUAUGAUGUGCUAGAAAUAUUUUAUAAUAAGACUUAUUUUUUAUCAGAGGAGCAUAAUAUAAU